AUGUCAACACAGCGUACUCCACCAAAUACAUUAAAUUUAUCUGGUAAUAAAACCCGAAUACAGUUACAUGGAACGGAUCCUAAUCCUAAUAUUCUUAUGGAAAGUGAUAAUGAAUGUAGCACUUUGACGAGAAGACAAAAAAGAAAGAUUCCUGAGCCGAGUGAAGAAUCGUCGUUAAUGCAGGAAUUGCGCCGAAUGUUUAAUGAUUUUAAUAAACAACAGAACCAAAAGAUUGAAACUUUAAUUACAUCAAUUAAUGAGAUCAAGCAGCAAAACGUCGAAAUUCGUGAGUCCAUUUCAUUCCUAUCUGCAAAGUAUGACGAUGUUUUAAAGGAAUUAGAACAUAUCAAAGAAGAAAAUAAUUUGAAAACAUGUCUCAUAAACUCUCUUGAGCAGAAAAUUUAA